AUGUGCUUCAAAAUGGAGUUGUUAUUAGAUACAUGGCUGCUGGUAAUAGUGUUGUCAAUAUUACUAUUGUUCAUUUAUUCCUCGUUUAAAACUAGUGUUCUUAGAGAGUUUCCUGGUCCACGUUCAAUACCAUUUCUUGGUAUAUUACCACAAAUGAUAAAGAAGGAACUAGCCUACGCUGGAGAGAUGGCCUAUUCAGCAGUAACGCUAGCGAUAGGAGAACAUUGGAAGUUCUUACGUAAUGUGCUCAGUCCAUCGUUUAGUCCAGCCAAACUAAAACAGAUGUUUUCAUCAAUCGAAGAUUGUUCUGAUCAGCUAAUAUCUCAAAUCAAGAAACAGUCACAGAGGAACACAUCAGUCAACAUGGACCAAAUAUGUCAGGGAUUUUCUAUGGAUGUUAUAUGCGGGACAGCAUUUGGACUUAAGACAAGGCCAGACUUUUUACAACUGAUGAUAAAUAAUUAUAAAGGAGAGAGUGCGACAGAUAUAAAGAAUGGCACCAUUGAAAUGUAUAAGCAACGAGGUAUAACAGAAACGGAGAUUUUAGCGAACUCCUUGAUUUUUUUCCUUGAUGGCUAUGACACAACUGCAGCAGGGCUGAUAUUCAGCAUUUAUCGUAUGGCGGUUCACCAAGAUCAUCAAGAGCGAUUAUUUCAAGAAAUCAACCAUGAAAUUGGCAAGGAUUCGCCAAGCUAUGAACAAAUAAUGAAGUUACAGUACCUUGACAUGUUUUUCUGUGAGGUUAUGAGAAUGUAUCCACCAAGUACAAGAACAAACAGAAAGACCAUGAAAUCGGUAACAGUGAACGGUUACAGAAUACCAGAUGGCGUUGAAGUCACAGUUCCUAUAUAUGCCAUGCAUUAUGACCCUGAACUAUGGCCAGAACCAGAAACAUUUGACCCGGAAAGAUUUUCAGCAGUAAACAAAGAAACCCGAAGUCCUUAUUCGUACAUGCCAUUUGGUCAUGGACCUAGAAAUUGUAUUGGAAUGAGGCUGGCAAAUCUAGAAACAAAAAUGGCAAUGGUUAGAAUACUACAACACUUCCGGUUAAAACCGACACCUGAUACGAAGUAUUUACGUGGCAGUCUUUGUCAGGUAAUAUAA